AUGCCUUUUCCAUAUCUGAACGCGGCGGGAAUUAGCGACGGCACUUGGUCAACCGGUGUGCCAUCGUUAAAUCCCAAUACGCUAUUUCCAUCUUCGGGUUUCAGUGCGGUCGGAAACGGAGAACAGCUUUUACCCGAUCAGAUGUUUAAUCACAAUGCAGGAGUUGCAGUUUCUACAAAUGCUUAUUUAAGCAGUUUGGGACACAAUUCCCAGGGAGCCCCGGCUUUGUAUUUCCCGGGAACAUCAACGGAUAUCUCGUGGGGAGAGCAAACACCAACUUCAGGUCCACCUUUGCUGCCGAAUUUUUACCAACCACCACCACCCCCUACUUCGGAACAUGGAACUUUAAAUCCAAUUGGGGUCGACAUAGACUCUCUGAAGGGAAAGGAGUUUGGUUCGACAGGCAAUGUGGAAAAUGCAUUAUCUAGUUUGGCUCUGGGUGUCAAUGACAAAGGAGUUGAGGGAUUGAAUGAUAAGAGCAAGUUGUCGUCUCAAGUGACUAGUGCAUCAAGUGUUAGUGCUUCAGAGACCAAACCAAAAUCGUGGGCUGCAAUUGCUAGUCAACCAGCUAAACCCAAACCAAAACUGCCCCCUCCAAAACCUAAACUUCCACCUCCUCCUACCUCUCAACAAGCUGUUUCAACAUCCAAAGUAGAAUCUGGAGCAUGGGGUAAUGCUGUGAAAUCAGGGGCCACUAAGCCUGCCAUUGGUCGCGGCACAAGGCCACGACCUAAUGCAGCAGGAAGCAAUAUGUCUGGAAAUCCAGGACCUUCCAAUACACCUGUGACUCCAUCGGAGUCUGUACCAAUUCUUGAAAGGCUGAAGGCUAAGAACUGCUACAAUCCGAGGGAAUUUAAUCUUGUUCAGAAAAAUGCUCGUUUCUUCAUCAUCAAAAGCUACAGUGAGGACGAUAUUCAUCGUUCAAUCAAAUACAGUGUCUGGACAAGCACAGAACAUGGCAACAGGCGAUUGAAUGAGGCGUUUAAGGAGCAGCAGCGUGGCAGUGCUCCAACAUACCUGCUGUUCAGUGUCAAUGGCAGUGGACACUUCUGUGGAAUUGCAAUGAUGAUGUCUGAAGUUGAUUUGGAGAUUGAGACUGGAAUAUGGUCUCAAGACAAGUGGAAAGGCAAGUUUGAGGUGAAAUGGUGUUAUGUCAAGGACGUGCCUAACAAUGCAUUGCGUCACAUUCGUUUGGAAAAUAAUGAUAACAAACCUGUGACCAAUUCCCGUGAUACUCAGGAAGUGCCUCCCGAGAAGGGGAAACAGGUUUUGAAGAUCAUUCAUUCUUACAAGCACCAGACGUCGAUCUUUGAUGACUUUGGCCAUUAUGAGAAACGUCAGGAUGAGGAAUUCAAAAAGGUUAGAUUUUUUUAAGUACAUCUACAAUUAAAUGUAUUAAAUAAAACUAAAUUUUUGUUUUAUUAUUAGUAUUAAUUUUCUUCUGGGUUUUAAAUGUGCAGUAUGUAAGCUGUUAUUGCAACUAAGUUUUAAAGGCAAAGUGAAAGGUCUAGCCCCAGUUGUUCAAAAUGUGUCUAGCACUAUCUAGUGGAUAAUGCAGUCAUAUAGGUAUUUUUCCAAUACGUACCGUAUUUAUUUGAUUAACCGCCCUGGGCGCUUAUUAAAUGUUUGGACCUUGAGAGUGGGCGCUUAUUCAAGGCUGGGCGCUUAAUAAAUUUUCACCAUUUUCAGCAAUUAGUGUAGUAUUUUUAUUUUGCAACAAAACAGUAAAUGCCUGUAACAAAACGUGAAGAAGCAACAACGCAAGGUUUCUGUAAAAUACUCGGGGGAACACUCCGCCUUCGGGAAAGUCUCUUAUUAGUACUUAUUCAAUUUCAAUUUGAAUCUCAUUAUCACUCAAGUAGGUGGGGUGAGGGUGGGCGCUUAUUUGGGUUUGAUUGGGAGGGGGUGGGGUGGGCACUUAUUCGAGGCUGGGCGUAUGUUAACUUUUUCUACCUUUAGGAUGGGCGCUUAUUCGAGGUGGGCGCUAAUUCAAGGUUGGGUGCUUAUUCGAAUAAAUACGGGUAUCCAAUAGAAAAUGAUUCAUUGAACAACUGCGAGGCUGCUGCCUAAUGGGUAACUGGUUGCCAGAGGCUGCCUAAAAUUUGUGAUUCGUAUGGGAAUAGCCCCUCUAUGCCUACUUCCAAUGAAGGAAUGACAGAAUUCCGUGCUCAUUUUGCACUUUUGAAAUGAAAACAUAAAACAUGUGUUCAUCGACUGUAGGCGAAAAGCUUUCGCUGAUAAAAGGAAGCAAACAAGCACUUUUCUGGAAAUUUGAAACCCAAUGGGCUGCUAAAAAAUGUGGCUCGGGCUCCUAACUUUCUAUUUAAAGAGUUCAAAGGGCUCCCAAAAUUUUUUCUUAGGCAGCAGCCUUGAACUGGAGCCUGGUCACAAUAUGUCUUUCAGUAAAUUAUCAAACAAAAUACUGCUUUACCAAAAAUAUUAAAUAUAUCUCAUGGUGGGUAGAAACUCCAUGUAAUAGACAUUUCCACUGGAAAGUAUUAUUGUGGCUUUCUUCUACAUUUGCUUAGAGCAAAGGUUUUUAGCCAUGUGCAUUGUACAUGUAGGUAGAAAAAAGUACAGUUUAAAACAUGCAUUAGCACCUGAAUGUACAUCUCAGUAGCUGUUGAAAUUUGAAUGGUCACUUUUCCAGUGGCUGAUAACUUUUACAUUUAUGUCAUUGAUAGCACCAGAAUGUUUUAGUAUCAUUUUAAUGUAGCUUAAUGUAACUUAGGCAAAGUUAACCUGGACCAAAUGCUGGUCAGGAGUUUUCCCAACUAUGCCUGGGGCAGCCCGAUGCCCUUAGCAGGGGCACCUUGUGACCUGUAUGCUCACUUGCUUGCAGUCCUUUGGAAAGUGUAUUCGCUAUGCCCUUGUUGCUUGCUUGCCAUUUUUGUGCUGUGUUUUACUCUUUUUCGAAGAAUGUGGUUUAGUUUUAUCCUUAGUUUAAAUUUUAGUUCUCUUUGUUUAUGUCUGCAAUGAGAUUGAAGAAAUUAAGUUUAAACCAAGAAGAAGAUUGGACCACAGAAUGCAUGUACAGUUUACAUAUAAAAUAAUUUAUUAUUGUGUAAUACUUGAUUCACUGCACGUGACCUCUAGCUUUCAGUUUUUGAAAACUUUUUUUUUUCUCUGAGUGAGCAUCAUGCGCAAUGUUGUUAGAUUUUUUUCUGGGUGAUCAUUUUCCCUAGUACAUAAACUUUUUGGCUCUUCGCAGGGCUCAAGAAAACCGCCAGUGGUCUCCUGGGAUGGGUAGGUUUUCUUGCUGGGCAACUAACUCUAACAAAAUCAUUAACUAUGACCAGUAAGUAGUUGCCCUGGGCAAGUAAACAUGAGAGCUACUUGCCCAAAUGGCAAGCUGGAAUUUAAAGUGGUUUUCGAGCCCUGCUUCAAUAUGGAAGAAGUGAAAUGUGAACUCUAUCAGCAUGUAUUAUAUUGGUCUUUUUUUGUUUGUGUGCACUGACAGAGAGCCUCCGACUACUUAUCAGGUUACUGUUUCAGUAUGUAUUCACAUGAAAAAGUAAAGAACUGUUGAUUCAAGUUUCUUUUAAACUUUUUGGACAGGGAGGCAAGAAAGUGGUUGGAGUCAAGGCACCCUAGAAGGCAGCAUCAGGGCUUAAACCAUGAAGCAAGUGAUAUCAUCCCUUAAACUUUGACUUUAUAUUAUUCAUUAUAAGUUGGGUGAAGGAACCUGAAGGAUUUUGGUCAUUCAAGAAGCAAUGUGAUAUUCUUAUAAUGUUGGCAAUGGAUAGCAAGUGAACUGAUCAGAGUAGACUUAAAUGCUAACAGUCUUGGGCAGGCAACAUUUACCAACUGAAUGCAGUGUUUGGUUCAUGGUGCUGUAGUCACAAAAAUCUGUAGUUUUUUUUUUUGUUUUAAUUAUUUUCCUUUCUAGAGUCUGAACUGAAUUUUGCCGGUAACUCUAACGUGCAGCUUCCUUGUAAUGUAAAUGUAGAAGGGUUCCCAUUCACAAUAAACAACUAUCAUAACAAUUGUGUUGAUGUAGAAUUUAUUGUUGGGAUCUUCAAUAGCUCUAAAAAUGUAGAUACCAUUAAUGAUAUUAUAUUAUUGAUCCCCCUCUCUCUGCCCCAUGACAAUUACUCCAAUAUUGCCAAUUUUUCAAACUGAGGACACAAGGUACAAGACAGGUGCGAGUCUGUUAAACAACAUGAGAGCCACAAAGUCAGAAGGGAAACCAGAUUUUAGUAAAAACUCGAGUGUGGUGUUGAUCGGGCCUAAAUUAAACAAGACACAGCCAUUCAAAAACUUGCAAAUUCACUAUUACAAAUUAUGUAGACUUUCCGACAGUGUGGCUGGCAAUCUACAGCUGUAUACG